AUGACGCACAUAGAAGACAUUCUACCUAGGCUGUGCAACAGCAUCAGUCACCUCCCUGACCUUGCAAAAGGCUUCCACAAGAAGACCGAGUUCAAGCAGCUGUCAGCAACGGUGGACAAAAUGAGGAGCAGGCUGGAUGAGCUAAAGAAGGCAGGGAUAAAAUACCAGGAUGAACUUAAGGACUCGUAUAAGAAGGCUAUAGCUGAAAUCAAGGCUCUUCGGAUGGAAAUUGAUUCCAUUCUUAAUCAGCUUGAGAAGGCAACAAUAGAACAAGUAGAAAACAUGAUUGGUGAUUUUGAAAACGAUGUCAAAGACGAUGUUGAAAAAUGUAUGAAGAUAAAUGAUCAACUGAAAAACCUAAUGGAAAAGAUCAAUCAGUUGGUUGGAAAACGCAAGGAGACAACCUCCUACAUUGGAUACAGAAAAUGUACAGUUAAAUUAACCCAGGCUAAUGAUCUGGUCGGUGAAAUACAGAGAAGACCGAAGAAAGAGAUACAGGUUGUAUCGGACAAAACCAUUGAGUCGUUCCUCGAAAGUCUGAAAACAUUGGGGUUGAUUGAUAGAAAAUGUUCCAAAGCACACAAAGAUUGUCUGUAUCAGGUUGUAAGAUCAAAGCAAUUUAAUGUUAAAAUUCAAGAAGAUAAAGAGUUGUGCAUAAUAUCAGGGGUAUGUGAGCUCGCAAGUGGACACAUAGUCAUCUCAGAUGGUAAUAACUACAAAGUGAAGCUUCUGAACAGUGACUUUCAAGUCAUUGAACACUGUGAAAUUCCUGCCCCUGACCCUCCCUGUUGCAUAUGUCACAUUGCAGCCAGUGAGGUAGCUGUAGCAGUUUGUAGUGAAGAAAACAACAAUCACAUACAAUUUAUCAAAGUCAGUGGAGGAACAUUGCAAAAAAUGAGAAAGUUCACCACAGACCAUCCCUGCACCUCUAUCGCUCACCACAAGGGCCACCUGUAUGUGUGCUCCGGGACUGUUAUGUUUCAGUACACCAUGGAUGUAGAACUUGUUAAAAAGAUCCAUGAAGACAAAACUGGUAAAUGUACAGUCUUACAAUGUGCUGUGUGUCCUGAUGGCGAGAGAAUAUAUGUUUCAAACCUUGAUAAAAAUAAAUUGAUUUCACUAGAUCAAUGCGGCCAAAUUUUAGCCGCAUUUGACGAUCCUGAAUUAGUAAGUCCGUCUGGGGUAUGUGUCGGCCUGAGUAGCCAAGUGUUUGUGGGUACUUCUAAUAACACUGUAAUGCAGUUGGACAGUGAGGGGACAAAGAAGCUGGCAACAGUGGCAAGGGAAGUCGAUCGUAUAAACAACCCAUUAUCAGUUGUGUUUAUUGAGAGCACGUCUACCCUUAUUGUUGGUGGAUACGAAAAUGAUAACAUUGUUGUUCUUCAGCUAGAGAGGAUAUGA